UUUUUGAUUUUGAGAAUAUAGUAUAAAAUAUACAUAAUUCAUAGCCACAAAUAUCUAUAGAUACUUCUCGAAUUUGCUCAAUUUUGCUUAAUCGCCAUUGAUGUCAAAAUAUGCAGAUCUUGUUCUUCAUUGAUAUGGUGUAAUUGAAGCUGUUUAUAGAUGAAUUGAGGUGAAUUUGAGCAGAUUUGAACUGUAAAUUGAACUCCAUUAGUUGUGUGUGUAGACUGUCUUUCAAUGUCGCCCAAGACUCUAGAUUCACGUCACGCCAUUGAAUCAUGUACAUAUCAUCUCCAUUCUUGGAAACCCUUUCAGUUUCCGACUCCAAAUUCCAAAACCCUAGAUUUAGAUUCGCCAAAAACUUACUCCCCGUCGACCCAUGGUGGGGUGCAUACGAAGCGUCAAUGUAGAGCGGAUCGAACUACUUCGAUUCCAAUUGAAGCUCUUGAUAUGUCAAAGCUCAGUUUAUUUGAGGAGGAUAGGCCUUUAUCAAUUCAUAAACGGGAGAAUCUUAGGUUGAUAGCUGGUAAGAGGAGGAGACGUGGGUCUCGUUCGGUUUCCGGGAGGAGUAGUGAUCGGAGUGGGACUAGAAGACGGUGUUGCUCGGUUGGAGCUUCAGCAGCUUAUGGGACUUGUUCGGAUUUUCCUGUUGCUGUGGGGACUGAUUCGAGUGGGGAGUUGUUUGUGAAUGGGGAUAUGCAUUGGACUUUGGAUGUUAGUGAGGUUACGAAGAGUUUAAGGAAGGAGAAGGAAGGUGGUGGGGUUGGUGAAAGAGAGAGUAAUUUAAAUGGUUUGUCUGUGCAAAGUGGGAAUUUUGAGGGCUUGGGUAAUGAGUCAGGGUAUGGGAGUGAACCGGGGUAUCGCGGUGAUGCAGAGUUUGGAUAUGGUGAUGAGUUUGAUGAAGAAGAAGAUGAUCAACGGCUUUCCUUCUGGGGCGACGAAUUUGGAGCACUCUCUAGGAUGGAGAAAGUUGGAGAGAACACAUUGCAGAAGGUGCACCAUAGAUGUCGGCGGAGGAAACAAGAUUGUAGAAUGGUGAUCUCUUGAUGUUUGCUGAUGUUGAUGAGUAUGAUUCUGUCACUAUUAUUGAUAGCCGAUUCCAAGAUUUUGCCAGUGAUACAAUCGCGUAAUUCAUGAGCAGAACCUUUUUGGGUUUGAAUACAGAGUCUACUGCUGUAAAUAUGAACAAAUGAUGUUGGUAUUAUUCAUGUCUUAUUGUCAUGCUCCCCCAUGAUGUUCACUAUGGUAUGUUUUGGUUGGGGAUUAGACAAGUCAGUCUGUUGUACUAUUUAAGGGGUCGUUUGAUAGUGUGUAAGAAUAGCGUUGAAUAUGGUGUAUUAGUAAUACUGAGAUUAUCUUU